GAGAGAUCGAUCCAGUCAGCCGUCAGCUCUCAGAAACUCCGAAACCAUCGAGGUAGCUACAUUCCAUUCCAUUCCAUCCGUGCGCACUGGCACGACGACGCUAGGCUUGGCUGCCACGGAAACCUUGUCUUCUCGCUGUCAAAACUAAACGAAAUGUAGUCGUAAUCAGUCGUGUACGUCCUCGUGGUUAUUGCGAAAGGAUUUAAGAACAGGCAACUUUAGGGAUUUAUAAGGAAAUUUAUAAGGAAUAAGUAAGAGAGAGCAAAAAAGAGUUGACAGUGAGAGAGAGAACCUGCGAUGGAUCAAUACUCCGUUGGGAAGGGUGACACCAAGAAAAAUCAUUAUUCCUUUUCGCUAACAAUUAUCUAGUGACACCAGCUACCCUCUAAUAGCUUCGAAUUGAGAGAAAAGCUCGAAAUGGAGAAUCAAGGAAAAACGUGGAAGAAGAGAUGCCCGAAGUCGAAUUCCGCGGACGUGGUUACGCAAUGUGUGCAAGUCGUGGUAAGAUGUCGACCAAUGGACGAAAAGGAGAAAUCAAAAAAUUACACCAGAGUGGUCGACGUGCACCCUACGCGAGGGGUGGUGGAGAUCCGCCACCCUCGCGACGACCCGUCCACUGAUAACGUAAAGGUAUUCACGUUCGAUGCUGUCUACGACUGGAAUUCGAGCCAGCAGGAGCUCUACGAGGAGACCGUUCGACCACUGGUGUCCUCCGUCCUCGACGGCUUCAACGGGACUAUCUUCGCGUACGGGCAAACAGGCACCGGAAAAACGUACACGAUGGAAGGGUUGAAAAACGACUUCGAGAAACGCGGCGUGAUCCCUAGAUCGUUCGAGCACAUAUUCAAUCACAUUGGUAGAUCCGAGAACAUGCAGUACCUGGUCAGAGCCAGUUAUUUAGAAAUCUAUCAAGAAGAGAUAAGAGAUCUGCUGCAGCCGGAUCAAUCCCUUCGAUUUGAAUUGAAAGAGAAACCGGACACCGGGGUCUUCGUUAAGGAUCUGUCGACUUCCGUGUGCAAAAGUGCGACGGAGAUCCAGCAGUUGAUGAACACCGGCAAUCAAAACAGAACUAUAGGAGCUACGAAUAUGAACGAGCACAGUUCCAGGUCGCAUGCGAUAUUUUUGAUAACGAUCGAAAUGGGUUCUAUAGGGGAUAACGGUGGGAUCAGAGUAGGUCGUUUGAAUCUUGUGGAUCUGGCUGGUAGCGAGAGGCAAAGCAAAACCGGUGCCUCAGGCGAGAGGCUGAAAGAAGCGAGUAAGAUUAAUUUAAGUCUCUCAGCUUUGGGUAACGUGAUCUCAGCCUUGGUAGAUGGAAAAACGACUCAUGUGCCGUACAGAGAUUCAAAAUUAACUAGACUGCUUCAGGAUUCGUUGGGUGGUAAUUCGAAGACGAUCAUGGUCGCGAACAUAGGCCCGGCGAGUUAUAAUUAUGAUGAAACUCUGACUACUUUGCGUUACGCGAAUAGAGCUAAGAAUAUUAAGAAUAAGCCUAGAAUUAACGAGGAUCCGAAGGACGCUCUAUUGAGACAGUAUCAGGAAGAGAUCGGCAGGUUAAAGGAGAAAUUGGCUCAGAAAGGAAUGGUAAAGAGUAGAAAGAAGAAGUCGAAACGAAAGAAAGAGGAUGAGACAGCGGAGUCCGAAUCCGAAGCCGAAGAUAGCAGAGAAGAUAACAAAGUGGAAACAGACAAACGGUUGAUAGCAGAACAGUUGAAAGCCGAGAAACAAGAGACAGAGAAUCUGAUAACGAGGAUUAAGGAUCUGGAGAGUAAGAUGCUGUGCGGUGGUAAGAAUAUAAUUGAUCAUACUAACGAACAGCAGCGAGCUUUAGAACAGAAAGCAGCCGAAAUUGCUGAGAGAAAGAAACGGGAGGUUGAAAUGCAACAGAAGCUUGAAGGCGAAGAGCUGACGAUGCUUGGCGUUAAAGAGACUUACACGAAUCUACAACAGGAGGUGGAUGUUAAAUCGAGAAAGCUUCGGAAGUGUUUCAACAAACUGCAAGUCUUGAAACAGGAAUUAGAAGAUGUUACUAAUGAUUUCAAUAGAGAUAGGAGGGAUUUGGAACAAACUCAGCACGAGCUAAUGAAAGAGUUAAAGUUAAAAUAUUUAAUAAUUGAGAAUUUCAUUCCUGAAGAAGAAAAGAACAAGAUCUUGUCCAGGAUUCAUCUUGACGAAGAGGAGGAUUGUUGGAUAGUGAAAGACCCGGAUCCUUCGAGUAUCGAUGUGAUCAAGAGGCCCACUUCGAUUCCUGGGGCUAGGAGACCGAUUUCGGAGUACGCUAGGAUAGCUCUGGCUAUGGGACGUGGUUCCCGUUAUGCCGGAGAUAAUAUUUUGAAUCUGGACCUAGAUAUGCCUGCCAGGACUACUCUGGAUUAUCAGGGACCCGCGAUUGCUCCUACCAUUCAAGCAGUUCUCGAGGAGGCUUUGAGGGACGAGGGUGAUAUCGAUGUGGACGCGUCCAAUGCGAAACUCAAGGCGAAACCUCGUCUGCAAUCGGCGAAAAUCAGGCCCAAGAGCGUGGGCAAGAUACAACAAAUACCGGCUCCGGUGUAUCCGAAAACCAGAGGUCUUGUUCCAAAGUAAAGUUAGGCUGUUUCGUUAGUUCUGUCAUUUAGUAAUCGUUAAAUCAAAAUGAUGAUCACGAGAUUUUAGAUUUACUUCUCUUAAUCUGUUAAUAAUAAUUGAGACCGCAAAUUAAUAGCUUUAUUAUAUAAUUUGAUUUCUUUAAUCGUGUUAUGAGAUUCAUAAUGAAUAUAAUUUCCAUACUUCUAUGUUCUUGAAAUUUAAUUCUGGUAAAUGUACCGGGGAACGAAGCGAGAGGACUUACGAAACAUGACCUAAUAUUAUAAUAAUAAGAAACGCAAUUCCUAAAAGUUUACUAAAAGUUUGUAAAGAGAUAUUGUAAAUAUUGUACGAGCUUCUUUUUGAUUAAUUUAUAUACUUGUAAUUAAAGUACGAUUGUUUGUGAUAAUACACGGUACUCUAUGUAUAUGUAUAUCGAGAUAAUAACUUAUUGAUUAUCUAGUCAACGUGCACCGUGAUUAAUUAAUUAUAACGCUAAUUAAUUGAUUAGUUAAAUAAAAUAAUAAAAUAAACUGUCCAAGUGAAAUUCCUAAUUACUCUAGGUCUGUGGUACAUACAUGUGCACACGUUUUUAUUCAGUUGUCUUUUUAAUGAUAUUUAUUAAAUAAAAUGUAAAGACAGUGUAAAUCAAAAGACAGAAUUAAAUAUUUUUUGUUUA